UUGUACAUCUCAAUUGUCAGCAGAAACCACAUUUGUUUAAGGAAGUCAGCCAUAUCAGUUAUGGUUUUUUUAAUGGCAGUAAAUGAGGCUGAAUGAACUGUUUCGCUGCCAGACCAGGCUCCACUGACAGCCAGGUGUAGCAGUGGUAAAGUGUUGGGACUCUGCUGUUGGGACAGGUUUAUGUAGGCCCUAACAGUUUAUGGGCACCGUUUGUCACCAUUAUGGUACAAUUAAUGUAUUGUUUAGCGUUGUAUUGUUUAGCGUUGUGUUGUGGCUUUGCUGGCAUGCAUCCCACUCUUUCUUUUUUUUUGCCUCGCCAAGAUUUACAUGCUAAAAUCGCCACUGGAAGAGAUUAUAGGGUUUUUCACAAAUACAUGCUUUUCGCCACGACGUAUUGCAGCUGCAUGUUUUUUAAAAACGCCCCUGCAACAAUAGCGUCAGAAAAGGUACGAUUCGUCACAAUAAAAAGCAAAGGGUCUUCAGGCGAAUUGAUAAUGAUUAAGAAAUGAGUCCGGCAUGGGCGGCGGAUUGGUUGAAAAUGACAUCACAUACAAUUAUACUAUUCUUAGUUUGUAGAAACAGCAUUACCUCAUCCUUUCCACCUCGCGCAGUUAUAGCCAUACAACAACAAAUAAUGUUACAGUCGCAGACAGGACAAGGAACAGGACGAGAGUAGAAGUCAAGAAAGAGAGCUCUAUACUCUACUUAUUAUUAAUUAAGCAUAACAUAUAUUUUUGCAUUCUUAAUCCAUGUUCUUUGAGACCAUUCGGGUUGAUUAGAUCGAGUUAUUUGGUGUGCAAGUUGAUUUGUGCGAUAUUUCCAGUAUCUUCGUUUGGAGUGAAAAUCGUCGCUUUUCGGUUCCAGACACAAAGGACAGAGAUGGUGUUCUACAGGGAGAGAGAGAACGGGACACGCGAGCGUCCACCGCUGUCUCUCAUCCUACCGCAUCUUUACCUGGGUGCAGAGACGGACGUUACGCAGGAUUGCCUCGACGCCCGCGGGAUCUCAUACGUGCUAAGCGUGAGCUGCUUCAGCCCGCAGCCUACUUUCCUUCCCCGUUCCCAGUACCUUCGCAUCCCAAUCGAGGACUCUCUCCGAGACGACCUGCUGCCCCAUAUCCCGGAGGCACUGCGUUUUAUCGAUGGGGCUAUGUCAUCAGGUGGAUCUGUAGUAGUUCAUUGUGCUGCAGGAAUCUCUCGCUCCCCUGCCCUGGCUGUGGCCUACAUUAUGUACAACCUGGGGAUGGACCUUGACCAUGCCUACAGGUUUGUGAAAGAGCGCAGGCCUUCGAUCUCCCCAAACUUCAAUUUUCUGGGUCAGCUACAACACUUCCAAGGAACCCUCACUCAGAAAACCUCUAAUGGCAACCCCACUAUCCAGCCGAUCAGAUCACUGGACACAUGUCUGCAGCCAAGCAAUGAAAACAUUAGCAGCGAUUCCUCUGUCCCCCUGUCAGCCAAUCAGAUCAUGAAUAUUCAGGUCAAUGGCUAUGUUGCUAAGGACUUUUUAGAGGUUGCUAAAGUGCAUAAUAUGUACAAUGAGAAUUCCACUUGUAACACAGAGAAUAUAGAGCAAAGGUCCUCAUAUUCAGGUGAAACUCAGAGUCUAUCAGAGAAGCCACAGCAAGACCAGAGGAGCGUGCCAUCACAACUGACGCUGUCUCUCGCCAGAAAACACAAAACGCUCACUCUCAACCUGAACCAUAACCGGAACCAGAGGGAGGCCCAGAGCCAAUGUGGAGCAAUGACUCCAAGCCCCAACGAACCAGCGACACCGACACCAAAGUCCAACACACCACAAAUCCCAACAGGCAUUGCAUCUCACUCUGAGAAGCGCAAGAGCCUCACCCUCUCCCUGUCUCUCAUUGGUGCAAUUCCCCCAACUCCCCACCAGAAUGAGCCAGAAAGCAGCAACAGGCACAGCAUUAGCCACAAGCCAACGCAGUCCAGCGUUUCUAACAACAUCCACAAGAGGGAGUCAGAAGGCACCAGUGGUUCAAAAAGGCACGGCAGAAAGCCUUCAACGAUGGCCCUUUCCUCCUCACAGACAGAUGUACAACAGAGAGAGAGGAGCACAUCCUGUGUCAAAGCAGCAGGAUGGCCCAAUCGCUCCUCCUCCCAAACCCAAACCCAGGCAAAGGUAGAGAGAGAGGGAAGAGGCCAGCCUAAAAGAGAGCCCAGCCGCUGUCAGAGCGUGAAGAAGGGGAGGCCUAAAUUGACUCCAAAGACAGGGAAGGACCACAGCAAGGGAAGAGCAGAGAGGGAGACACUAACAGGGAGCCUGAGCAGCAGUUCUGUUUUGAGCCAGGACAGUAUCGUAGUUGACCAGCAGGUGUCGCCAGCAGCUAAGCUGUCUGCAUCUGCAGUGAGGGCUGAGGAAAGAGUGGAUGCCGAACAGAGCCUCCUGUUUCCUCUCAACCUGACUGUCAACAAGCUGCUGGGCUGGGGGGAGAAGAUGCUGCUGGGGGUGCUGUUUGGCCCCCGGAUCAAAAUGGAACCGGCUAUUCUGCCCUAUAGGUGCUGAUGCAGUAAGAGACCUUUGGCGAGGACAGAGAGAGGGCUGAUAAAUGCCAGGAGAUUGAUUUGUGUGUGUGUGUGUGUGUGUUUGUGUGUGAGAACAGAGAACUGAACUCCAUGUAUAAUAUUUGUCUGCCCAUACCAAGUUCACAGUCCUUGCUUUGUCACAGUCCAAUGCUUUGUCCUAUAAAUGCUAAUUUAUUGUUGACUUCUUUCAAAAGCACUAUGUAUAUUACAAAUAGGGCAGUUUAUGCCUCCAACACAAUGCUCAUGGAUUAAGGCUUGAUUAUGUUGAUUUUUAUUUAUUGAUUGAUGUGAAUUAAGUGAUCAGUUUAUUGUUGUUAUUUAUAAAAUGAAUAUUUUGAGGAUGGUAUUUUGGCACUGUUGUUUGUAAUGGGAUCACAGUGUUCAUUAGAGAUGAAAUAUUUUACUCCUGUUCUCUCCUGGUUCUUCAAUUCUGACUCAUCUCCCAUGUAUUUCACCAUAAAUGUACAAUCAUUUAGGCCUAUGAGGAAAACAUCUGAUAUGGUUAUUCACUUAUUUUAUAAAAUAUUACAAGAAUACAAAAUAAAGUUUGGAUAAUUUUCACUUUUAGACAAAUCCACCCUUAAACAUCAACAAAUUACUUGGGUUAAUAAGGAGGAGUUGAGGGUGAAACCUAGGCAGUUGUACAUCUGAAUGCCUUCAACUGAAAUGUGUCUCCCGCAUUUAACCCAACCCCUCUGAAUCAAAGAGGUGCGUGCGGGGGCUGCCUUAAUCGACAUCCAUCGCACCCAGGGAACAGUGGGUUAACUGCCUUGCUCAGGGGCAGAACAACAGAUUUUUACCUUGUCAGCUCAGGGAUUUGAUCCAGCAACCUUGUGGUUACUGGCCCAAUGCUCUAACCACUAGGCUGAAUGUGGGUGUGGUAAAAAAUGAGCAACAUGCCCAUGUAAAUGAGUCACAUCCGGUUGAGGGGAUGGGCAAAUCAGGGAGGGAAAGGAAGACAAGAAUGCUUUACUUGGCAAGAACUAUUAAUAUAAAAUACUGUAUGCUAUGAGUUUUCCCUCCCAUAUCUCCUCAUAUUCUCAACAGGUUGGCCUUAGUUGUUUGAUGGUAAUCAUACAAUACUCUGAAAAGCAUUGGCUAAAGUACUAAACCCAAACAAAUAAAUAAAGGGGUUAUAAAAC